AUGAAUGGUCUGGAUCAACUCAUAAACAACUUGGAAGUCCAACUUAAUUCAGAAGGUGGCUCAAUGCAUGUCUUUAAAGAGGUCACUGGCUCUAUUCAUAUCAGAAAUCCUCCAAAGUCAGCAAAAAGAGAGAAGAUGACAUCUCCACCAUUCCCGGAUGCCAGUCCUAUGGAGAACCCAGCACUCAUUGCUGACAUCAAGAUUGAGCCCCCAGAAGAACUUCUGGCUAAUGAUUUCAAUCUGCCCCAGGUGGAACCAGUUGACCUCUCUUUUCACAAGCCCAAGGCUCCUCUCCAGCCUGCCAGCAUGCUGCAAGCUCCAGUACAUCCCCCCAAGCCACAGCCUGCUCUCCAGACACUUGUAGUGUCCACUUCAACAUCUGACACAAGCAUAUCAGCAAAUACCCCUACUGUUUUGACUCCAGGCUCUAUCCUGGCCUCCUCUCAGAGCACUGGUGGCCAGCAUAUCUUACAUGUGAUCCAUACUAUCCCCUCAGUCAGGCUGCCAAAUAAAUCGGGUGGCCUGAAGACCAUCCCAGUAGUGAUACAGUCACUGCCCAUGGUGUUUACUACUUUGCCUGCAGAUGGGGGCCCUGCAGCCAUUACAAUCCCACUCAUUGGAGCAGAUGGCAAAAAUGCUGGAUCAGUGAAAGUUGACCCCACCUCCAUGUCUUCACUGGAUAUCCCAAGUGACAGUGAGGAGAGUACAAUUGAGAGUGGAUCUUCGGCUUUACAGGGUAUUCAGGGACUGCAGCAAGAACCAUCAGCAAUGACCCAAAUGCAGGGAGAAGAGUCUCUUGAGUUGAAGAGAAGACGGAUUCACCAAUGUGAUUUUGCAGGAUGCAGCAAAGUGUACACCAAAAGCUCCCACCUGAAAGCCCACCGCAGAAUCCAUACAGGAGAGAAGCCUUAUAAAUGCACCUGGGAUGGCUGCUCCUGGAAAUUUGCUCGUUCAGAUGAGCUCACCCGCCAUUUUCGCAAGCACACUGGCAUCAAGCCCUUCCAGUGCACAGGCUGCAACCGUAGCUUUUCUCGCUCUGACCACCUAUCCUUGCACCGCAGGCGCCAUGACACCAUGUGAGCAGCAUAGACUGCACUAGAGGAGCUGCACUGGUCUUUUUUUGUGCAUGUGCAUGCAUGCACAAUGAGAUCAUUAACCAUCUUUUCUUCUUUGACUUCAGCUUGCCUCGGAAAUGAAGUAAGAGCAACUCACUAAGCCAGGUUGAUGAGACAGUAGGGAAAGAUAGAUGAUCUUCCAUUCCAUGGGGGUUCCUCAUAUUCCACAUUCAUCUCUCCACUGUCCAGUCUCCUGAUUUUUCAGCCUUCCAUGGGUUGAAUUCCAGUGCAUAACUCAUAGUUGCCCUCCACUCCCCCACCCCACCUUUGCUCUAUGAUAAGACAGUUUCCUACCAAAACAAAAUAAGAAUAAAACUCAAGGCUGUAAACAAA